ACAACGAGAAUUCCUCGAGAACAUUUCAAAAUUUUACCCGAAUAAACAUUUUAUGUAAAUUGCAUUUGUGCCGAACGUAAGUCGCGUUGUGGACACUCAAAACAACGACAGGAUUAGCAGGAGCUGUGUCGACUAGCCGACUGGAUACAGGAAAGAUUUCCAAAGAUCGUUUCUUGAGUUCUCCAUUGGCAAAACGCACACCAUUCGGAGCCGUUUUCGAUUACCCUUUCGGUCCACUGUUUCGACUUGCUGUUUAUGAAAAUCCGUUCGGGUUGAUUUAGUAUUUCGGUUUUAAGCAAGGAAAGCAGUCUUGUGUUUCCUUUUGUUUUAGUUUUUACUUCAUAUUUGACGUUAACAUAUGAAAUAUUUUUGAACUUUAUUUUUUUUUUUUGGACACUUGACACAACGUGUGAAUUUGGCGAAAUCAAAAUUGUUCGAAACCAGUACCAACAAAUACACUAAACAAGGCAGUUGUCAAAAUUGUGCAGAUAAUAUAUAAAAAAAUAUAUAGAAGUGAAAGAUAUAUAAUAUCUUUUAAAACAAUAUGCGUGGACAACUGCUGCUGAAGGGACCGGCUUUGGCUAGGAGUUUGAGCCGCGUUCUCGUGAAUCCCGCGCCGCAAAUUGGUUUAGUUCGACACGUGACCGGUUGCGGAGCCGGUGAUGCGGUGAAAGGUGGCAAAGGACUCGUACUUGGCCUUUAUGAAAAGGAAUCUGGCAAGGGUCCUCGACUAACACCCGCUGGCGAGAAAUUUGACGAGCGUGUCCAGGGCAAGCUAUCCGAAUUGGUAUGUGAGACCAAGUUAACUGGACGCUUGGGUCGCGGCAAGGUCUUCAACAAUGUGGACACCGAUUUCCGAUCCGUUUGCGUGGUGGGUGUUGGUCUGGAGGGCAUAGCCUUCAAUGAACUCGAAAUGCUGGACGAAGGCAUGGAGAAUGUGCGUAUAGCUGCCGGGAUUGGAGCCCGAUCUCUGCAGAGCAUCGGCUGCUCCGAGGUUCAUGUGGAUAAUAUGGACUAUGCCGAACAGGCGGCCGAAGGUGCCGCUUUGGCCAUUUGGCGUUUUGAAGAGAAUCUGGCCAAGAAGUAUCGCAGUACUAUACCAAAGCUGGAGCUACAUGGCUCACCGGAUGUGGAGUCCUGGACCAGGGGUCUAUUCAAAGCGGAGGCUCAGAAUUUGGCCAGGAGAUUAUGUGACGCUCCAGCCAACUGUAUGACGCCUACGAUUGUGGCCCAAGCUGCCGUGGAUGCUCUGUGUCCAUGUGGCAUCACCGUGGAGGUUCGAACCAUGGAGUGGAUUGAACAGCAGCAUCUGAAUUCGUUCUUGAUGAUAGCCAAGGGCAGCUGUGAACCACCCGUACUCUUGGAGGUAGCCUAUUGCGGUACUGCCCCCGAAGAUAAGCCCAUAUUGUUGGUGGGUCAAGGCAUAACCUUCAACUCCGGUGGCAUAAACCUGCGUCCUUGCAAGGGAAUGGAUGAAUUCCGUGGAGAUCUGAGUGGAGCUGCAGUCAUUUUGGCAGCCAUGCGAGCAGCUGCAGCAUUAUCCUUGCCCAUCAAUAUUACGGCUGUGAUACCGCUUUGCGAGAACCUGCCAUCGGGAAUGUCUUGUAAGCCAGGUGAUGUGGUAACCCUACUCAAUUCCAAAUCCUUGGCGGUGCGUAAUAUUAGCAGAACCGGAGUGGUUGUCAUAUCGGAUCCCAUGCUUUAUGGACAGAUCACAUAUAAGCCCAGGCUAGUGGUGGAUGUGGGUUCGAUGUGCAAGGGCGUGAAGAAGGCAGUGGGCGGUGGUGCCACAGGAAUCUGGUCGAAUUCUCACUAUAUAUGGAAGCAAUUCCAGCGAGCUGGUUCCCUAACCGGUGAUCGUUUAUGGCGAUUCCCCCUGUGGCGAUACUACAAGGAUCGUGUGGCGGAACAUUUGAGCUUCGAUCUCCUUAACGAUGGCGAGGGUUAUGCUUCAUCCUGUUUGGCGGCAGCUGUUCUCCAUGAACUGGUACCUUGCAGCGAUUGGGCUCAUCUGGAUACCUAUGGCACUGGAUUGUUGAGUACCUAUGGCCUGAUACCCUAUCUCACAGCUGGCAGGAUGACUGGCAGACCUACUAGGACACUGGUGCAGUUCCUCUACCAAAUUGCUUGCCCCGAACAGCCUAAAUAGGUUGAUAUUCGAUCGGUUUGAAGUCGGAUAAUUAGGAUUACGUUGGCGUUGCUUCUUUGACAGACGACUCUUAUGACCCCGGGAAAAGAAUGCUUGGCUUCAAAUAGUUUACGUAUAUAUGUGGAGAUGAGAUGGUGACUAUAAUGUGCACCCAACGUUUUAUGACGCUGACUGAUAUCCCAGGACUGGGGACCCUAGACUUUGUUCAAUGUUUGUAUUUGAUGUUUAUGACUCGGCCUCAUCACCCCGGGGCUGAGUUGACUGGCAGAGAAUGUCUACGAGUCCAAGAUAUUAUCGAAAUUGACACUAGAUAAAUCACUGUAAAACUAUAUUAUAAUCUAUUUUGGCUGUCAAGCAGUUGUAAUAAAUUGUAGGGUCAAGAAAAGAA